UGACUUGCAGCUUAAAUACUCCGCCCACUUUCCAUCGCUGCUCGAGCUCCAACUCAUCGCCAUGCUCUCCCUCUGGCCCGUGGCUUAGACCUUAAAUGCUGCCCAAUUCCCCAUCUCUCCCCCAUCUCCCUUUCCCCUCCCGGGCCUGGAUCUCAACACCAUGACUUCCUCACGACGAAACGGCCAACCGCUGCCUUGUGAACCUUGUCGCAAGGCCAAGGUUCGCUGCGACAACACUAUCCCCCAAUGCCAGAAUUGUAUGCGUCGUGGCAAGGCGGACAAUUGCGUCUACCCCACGGCCCCCGUCACUCGGACGUGGUACUCGGACAAUGCUCCCUCGCCCACCGCAUCGCCUCGUCCGCAACCCCGCCCGGACUCGGCCCUUCAAGAUCGGCCGUCGUCCGGCGGGGAUGAGAAGCUGACCGUCGAUUUCACUAACAACUCGGCCGUAUUCAGCGACAUCGGAGACCAAAUCAAACGCUCUUUAGUCAUUGACGCUCCCACAGCGGCUCGGCCCGAUUCCAAGCAAAUUCAACUGGGCGCCCGACUGCUGGCGUUGUUGUUUGACAACUUCCAAUUGUACGAGCGACUGGCCGAGACUUCGGUUGAGGUGUGGCCGGAGGGGUGUGUUCUAGGCUACCGUUUGAUCAGCGGCAUGUUUGAGGCUCUGGAAGACCUGCACAAGGCUCUGACGGAAGACCCGAACACCACCAAGGACCUGCAGUCCAGUCUGCUCCGUUGGUCUCAGAAGAUCUUUGACGACAGCUCCAAACCCCUCGCCGUACAUCCCGCCAUGUCCCCGGAGGACUACAUCCGUCGGAUUUCCGGGAGAUGGGAGGGAAUCGGGCUGGUCUUCACGGUCGUCGGUCAAGGUGCCAUGCUGGAACGAGACUGGAGAUCGAUCCGUGCGAAGGAGGGGAACGUACCGAGGGACCAGAAGACUCUCGCGGCCCAAGCGGUCAGUGGAAGCGACGCUUGUCUUCAGUUUUGCGAUCUCUCGGGUGCCGUGAACGAUUCCCUGGGUUGGCUGCUUUUCCAACACAUACACCUUCUGACCUUGGUCUCUGGCGAAAGCGAUCCGCGAGCGUGGAGAAGGCUCGCUGACCUGUCGACAACGGUCUUCACACUCAGUCACAACCCGCCCGAAGACAAGCGCAUCCCCUUCUUUUUGCUCGAACUGCGCAAACGACUGGUUGCGGGAGCAUACAGCAUCGACAAGCAGCUGGCAACAUUUCUCGGACGGCCUCCUCAGAUCAGCUGGCGCUACUACGAUGUACAGUUUCCCCUGGACUUGAGCUACGAUGAGAUUUUGGCGGAGCCAAAGGUCCGCGAAGCGGCCAUCAGCCAGCUUGACAAAACGGGCUGGAACACCCAGGGCAUCGUGGAACAGGCUGCCUGGAUGCGCAUCGCCCUUCUCAUUGGGUCCACAAGAGAACAGAUCCUCGAGCUGUCACUCAGCCGUCGCAUUGAGGACUUGCCACGUAAAGUCCAGGAGGUAUCGCAACAAUCUCACAAGACAUGGAAUGACUUGCCGGGCUUCCUCCGCUGGCGCCCCGGAGAUUCGGACUCGAAUGACAGCAGUGUCCUGGUUCCGUUGUAUCUCAACUUCCUCUACAAUGACUUUCUCCUCUACCGUGUUCUGGUCCGACGGUCGCAAUCGGGGUCGGAGGGUCUCAUCAGCGUGUCCCAGAACAUACUGGCCACGAUUCUGGAGCUCAUCGGCAAGGAAAUCGGGUCCAGAACGGGGACCUAUAAUGUGGGAUGGAAUGCCUCAUCGUUUGGCAUUCCGGCGGCCGGCGUCUUAGCAAUCGAGCUGCUAUGCCAAGCCGAAUCCCAGUCGCAGCUACCUCCCAGCACCUUCCGACGAUCGGAGGUGAUCCAGAAACUGACCGUCUUCGCCUCGCACCUGCAGUACGUUGUGCGCCCGCAUGACGGCAUGUAUGAGAUCUGCCAGCGUGCGCGACAAGCCAUCUCCAAUAUUCUGGAUCGCAUCCUGACGGUCAAUCCUCCUCCGUUGCCUGCAUCCCUGCCGGCCGAUGUGCUGGCGACCAAUUGGUUGAACGGGGAGGCGGUGGUCCUGGACGACGGGACAGAUCUUUUCCGCUGGCUGGACGGCGCUUACUCUCACGCGUCCCGACGGGAGUCCUGGGCUUGAUGCCGCGUACACAUGAUGACUUAUGACGCCUUUGACGACCAUAGACAUCCCGGCGUCGGGCAUUUACUGGUAUCACGAUUGAUGAUAUACCCUGCUUUGAUGAAAAGUGAAUGAUCUACCAUGAUUUUCUGCGUUCGCUUUCGGCCAUGAGAUUCCUUUUGCGUUGCCUCAUUGCGUCCCACCAUUCCCAUGCCAUAGGUUGUUUUCUUUCGUUAUCUACGUUCACCUAAUGCUAUAAUUGACGUCGUUAUUGGGGUUGCCACAGUUUCCCAUCCGG